AGUUCAUGCAAAGGCAGACUGAUGAUCCAGCUGCUGUGCGUGUGAGUGUGUGCGCGCUGACAUGGAUACAACUGGCGUUUACUGGUGAAACUGGACACAUCCCAGUGUUACGGUGACACCGGCCGACUCCAAAGAGCGCUAAAACUUCUCCCACGGCCGCACUCAUGUGAUUUCCCCCCAGUUGGAGCCAUGUCCAAGAGCCUGAAGAAGAGGAAGAACCACUGGACUAACAAAGUCCACGAGAGUGUCCUCAGCAGGAAUGAGGAGGGGGAGCUGGGGCUGGAGCUCAAGGGCGGCGCAGAGAAUGGACAGUUCCCGGUUAUCGGCGAGCUUCUCCCGGGCACGGCGCUCUGCCACAGCGGCAAACUCUUCCAGGAUGAACUCCUGCUGGAAGUCAAUGAUACCCCGGUGGCUGGACUCACCACCAGGGACGUCCAUGCUGUGGUCAAACACAGCAAAGACCCCGUCCGACUCAAGUGUGUCAAACAAGGGGGCGUGAUCGACAAGGACCUGCGCCACUACCUCAACCUGCGCUUCCAGAAAGGCUCGGUGGACCACGAGCUGCAGCAGAUCAUCCGGGACAACCUCUACCUCCGCACCGUCCCCUGCACAACCAGGCAGCCCAAGGAAGGAGAGGUCCCGGGGGUGGAUUAUAAUUUCGUGACCGUUGACCGGUUUAUGGAAUUGGAGAAAAGUGGAGCCCUGCUAGAGAGCGGAACAUAUGAAGAUAACUUUUACGGGACCCCGAAGCCUCCGGCCGAGCCCAGCGCUCUGCUGCUAAAUGUAACAGACCAGCUGCUGCCGGGCGCCAGACCCACCUCUGAGGGCAAGAGGAAGCGUAACAAGUCAGUCAGCAACAUGGAGAAAGCCAGCAUCGAGCCCCCCGAGGAGGAGGAGGAGGAGAGACCCGUCGUCAAUGGCAACGGUGUUGCUGUCACCCCAGAGUCGAGCGAACAUGAGGACAAGAGUACAGACGCUUCGGGGGACAUCGUCCCGCAAAACAUCCCGACGGAGGCCCCACCUGAGGCGCCCAAAGAUGACGGACAGUCCCCGAAAAUGACCCUACCCAAACCAGAGGAGAAUGACGAGCUAGGGCCGCUGCCCGACAACUGGGAGAUGGCGUACACCGAGAAAGGAGAGGUCUACUUCAUAGACCACAACACCAAGACAACAUCGUGGCUGGACCCGAGGCUAGCCAAGAAGGCAAAGCCGCCUGAGGAAUGCAAAGAGGAUGAGCUUCCGUACGGCUGGGAGAAAAUCGAUGACCCCAUUUACGGCAGCUACUAUGUCGACCAUAUAAAUAGAAGGACCCAGUUUGAGAACCCAGUCCUGGAGGCUAAAAGGAGACUCCAGCAGCAGCAGCAGAUGCAAAGCCAGGGUCUGUCCUCACUGCCCCUUCCCACCAUCUACAGAGAGAAGCCGCUGUUCACGCGGGACCCCACUCAGCUCAAAGGCAGUUUCUUGUCCACAUCACUCCAAAAGAGCAACAUGGGCUUUGGCUUUACUAUAAUCGGAGGCGACGAGCCUGACGAGUUCCUCCAGGUCAAGAGCGUCAUCCCCGAUGGGCCGGCCGCAGCUGAUGGAAAGAUGGCCACAGGUGAUGUCAUUGUCUACAUCAACGAUGUGUGCGUCCUGGGCACCACCCAUGCUGAUGUGGUCAAACUCUUCCAGUCAGUGCCAAUUGGCCAAAGCGUCACCCUGGUCUUGUGUCGUGGCUACCCUUUGCCCUAUGACCCAGAAGAAGCUGCUAACAGCAACAACAACACCGCCACCACCACUACCAUCAUCUCCCCGCUGGGCAUCAUGGAGCAGCGGCCCAUCAUGGUGAACGGCAGGACGGGCUACGACAACUACCUAGACUAUCUCUCACGCACGGCGCGCUUUGUCACAGACCCCAGUCAGGACCAGGUCAACAAUGCCACGCAGCAGCUGCUCACCCCUCACCCGGGUGACACCCACUUAGACGGCUCGCUUCCUCCCACCACGGGGACCACACCUCCUGACAGUGUCUCCAUGGCGUCAUCGGGGGCGACCCAGGGGGAACUACUGACCCUGACCAUGGUGAAGGGCAUAGAAGGUUUUGGUUUCACCAUUGCGGACAGUGCUACAGGCCAGCGAGUCAAACAGGUGCUGGAGCCUCAGGGCUGCCCGGGUCUGUGCGAGGGGGACCUGAUUGUGGAGAUUAACAAGCAGAACGUGCAGGGAUUUGCACACACCCAGGUGGUGGAGCUUCUCAAGGAGUGUGCCGUUGGAGCUGAGACCAUCCUGGUGGUUCAGAGAGGUGGAACAGGUCACUAUUCACCCUGGAAGACCCCUAAGCAGGUACUGGAGCAGUGGGAGUCCCAGCAGGGCCAGAGCAGCCCCGCUCAGACCAGCCUGUCCGCCCCUGUUAUCCCCCACAGCGCCCCCUUCCCAACACACCAUCUCCACAGGGCCUCGGUCCCAGACUCAGCCUCCGAGGCCUUGGCCCUGGCUAAACCCGACCCCUAUGACCUUUAUGAGAAGUCCAGGGCUAUCUAUGAGAGUAGGCAACCUGGCCAACCAAGGACAGUUUUUCCUGUGGACUCCUCAGGAGCGGAGUACCAGGACAUGGAGGUGCACCUGCGCAGACAGAAGUCCGGUUUCGGUUUCCGGGUGCUAGGCGGGGAUGAGGCGGGGCAGCCUGUGAGUCCGGAGACGCGUGAGAAGAUCUUGAUCGGGGCAAUCAUUGAGAAGAGUCCAGCAGACCUGGAUGGACGCUUACGGCCUGGUGAUGAGCUGCUGUUUGUGGACGGGAUCCCAGUGGUGGGGAAGCCACACAGAUACGUCAUCGACUUGAUGCAUGGGGCGGCACGGAAUGGCCAGGUGAAUCUGGUCAUCAGGAGGAGGGUGCCGGCUACAGGUGAUUCUUGUCCAGAGAAUGGCCGCAGCCCGGGCUCCGUCUCCACGCAACACAGCUCCCCCCGCAGUGACUUCACAUAUGCCAACAGCACCAGCACGACCCAGGCACCCAACUCCAGCAUGGGCAACGCCACUGCCACUUCAGACAGGACGUCGACCCCCAACACUCAACCCAGCGAUGUCAUCAUCAAUCGAAAGGAGAGCGAAGGCUUCGGUUUUGUCAUCAUCAGCUCGCUCAACAGGCCUGAGGCGGCCGCCACCAACACUGUGCCCCACAAAAUUGGCCGCAUCAUCGAGGGCAGCCCGGCCGACCGCUGCGGGAAGCUGAAGGUGGGGGACAGGAUACUGGCAGUCAACAGCCAGUCCAUCGUCAACAUGCCGCACGCCGACAUCGUUAAGCUGAUCAAGGAUGCAGGCCUCAGCGUCACCCUGAGGAUCAUACCGCAGGAAGAGGUCAGUAAUCCUCCAUCAGCCCCCAGCUCAGAGAAGCAGAGCCCUCUGGCCCAGCAGCACAGCCCGAAGACCCAGCCAAACACCGCUGCCUCGCAGCCAAACCCAGCGGCUACAGAGCCCAACCCUUCUGUCAGCCAGCCCAACCCCAUCCCUCACCAGAGCCCUGUGACCCAGCUGCCCGCCCCUCCACCUCAGACCUACACCCACGAGGGCAGUUACAGGUCAGAGGUGAAGGCGAGGCAAGAUGUUAAACCAGACAUCAGACAGCCGCCGUUUACAGAUUACCGACAGCCGCCGGUGGACUACCGGCACCCUCCUGUGGCUGACUACAGGCAGCCGCCCACGCUGGACUACAGGCACCCGCCACUUCUGGACUACAGACAGCUCGCUACCGACACCAGGCAGUUCGCCAUCCCAGACUACCGAAUGCCACCUGUUCAACUUUCACAGGACUUUGACUUCUUCACAGUGGAGCUGGAGAAGAGCGUGAAAGGCUUCGGUUUCAGCAUCCGCGGAGGGCGGGAGUACAAGAUGGACCUGUUCGUCCUACGACUGGCGGAGGACGGACCGGCUAUCCGUAACGGGAGGAUGAGGGUUGGGGACCAGAUUAUUGAGAUCAAUGGAGAAAGUACCCGGGACAUGACGCACGCCAGGGCCAUCGAGCUGAUCAAGUCUGGAGGCAGGCGCGUUCGUCUUCUUCUAAAGAGGGGUACGGGGCAGGUCCCAGAGUACGAUAAUGCCGCCCCAUGGGAUGCUCGCCCUUCAGCCUCCCCAAGCCUGUCGGAAGUAGCCCCUCCCAUCGACAGCCUUUCCAUGUCAUCGCCUUCAUCUCAUCUGGCCCCGGCCCCCGACCCACCUCACCUGCCGCCUCUGGACGUCCCCCGAGACCUGGCGGCGCGAGACAGCAGGACGGAGCGUUCGAAAAGCCCCCAGAAGGCCGAGCUGCUAAACCCAGAUCCGAUCAGCCAGGGGAGGAGAGCGGCUACAACCGGUGGGAGCAGCAGAGCCAAGAAGGAGGGUGGCAGGUCCACCCACAAGGGGCACAGGGUUCAGCCCACUUCUGAGGGGGAAGUGGGCAAGGAGGGGGAGCCCAAACCUUCCAGGAGCACCAGAGGGAGGUCCAAGGAGAGGAAUGCAGGGGAGAACAGAGAAUCCACCGAGUCUCCCAGCGGCUCCAAGCUCCCGCACACCAACGGGAACAGCAGGGACGAUGUGGAACGUUACGGUGGCGGGCAGCAGGUGGAGUCAGAGCCCAGGCCCAGGGAACUGGACAGGGGCCUGGGAGAGAGCCGGCCCAGCCUGCCCAACAAGAGCACCAGCAGCGCAGCAGGGAGGAAGGCCACGGUCUCUCCCGGGCCUUGGAAGAUCCCCGGAUCGGACAAGCUGCCCAGCACACUGCGCACAGGCACGUCCACGCUGAGCAGAUAACAUCGCGGCGCCAGCCGAACACAGUGGCCACACUCAUCUGAAAACAAACCCGCCAUCCUCACGCCUUCCUGUGCUCCUUUAUCCCCCCUCCAUCCCGUUCUCCCGCAGACGAAACCACGGGGGGGGCAGGGUGAUCUGGACCACGUGUUUUUAGAGUUUUAUUUAUGAUACUGUACUCUAAAUUAUUUUGAGAAAUAUUUUACACCCACCACCUUAAGAACUGGAAAAUCAUCCACUUUAAAAAAAUAAAUAAUGGAAGUAGAAUGUGUGUGUAGCGUGGCAGGGAAUCAAACGGGGGGUGCAAACUUUAUUCUCCCCGAGCAGAACUGGGGGACAAACAUGCAAAUAUAAACAACUGACAGGAAGCAGCUGUCGGUGGAUUUCUUUUUUUACCUUCACAGUGGAGUCUGUUUUAUGAAACGGAAUGUUCAGAAGAAAGUUUGCCUGUUUUUGACGAGAGCGAAUGGAACAAAAGAGCGACAGCGGAGAUGAAAUCUACUCAUCGACAGAACUUUGCCUUAACGGAGACUGAGUGGGCCUGAAUCUAUCUUGAAUAAUCUAUCAGAUGAUUAUAGACAUAGAUAUAUUAUAAUGAAUAUGAAUAUGUGGGAUCAUUUUGUAAAUAAGAUCAUCUUUAAGUGGACAGAACCUUCACUGAGCUGGUUGGAAGUCCUAAACGGCGCGACAUGGACCAGAGCUUUCACCGUGACGACUUCUCCCUCCUCUACACUCCCGUUCAGCCCUGUGACCGCAGCUUGGGGGUCUCGGCAGACCCGCUGCGCUUGACUUCACGAUCUGUUUGCGCUUGCGGGGGUGUCGUGUCAAUCCAUUUUUCUCAUUUCUUGUGCUAAACGAACAAAGCAAUCUGCGACGGCGGUGUCCAGCCGGACGCUGAGAGAAGGGGCUCAUGUGAUACCGACCGAGGGGCAGAGUGCCUUAGACUGACAGAGAGGUUGGCUUUUAAGUCAAAGGUUCAACUCCAAACCACUUGAGAGGGUUCAAAACAGGCUGCUAUACAACAUCAACUUUACAGAUAUAAAUAAUAAACUGUAUUUUUUCAGAUACGAGUGUGAUACGGUGAAAUAUAUAAUUUAUUUCACAGGCUUAUGUAUGAAAAUAACCAGAGGUCUACGAUCUUUAUUUGUGCAAGUGGUUCAUUUUGGGUCAUGAUAGUUUUCAUUUCGUCUGACACCGGUAAUCUCCAUGAAGAAUUUAUCCUCUGAGAUGGUGUUUUUUUUUUAUGUCAGCACUGAGCAGAGCUUUGCAAACCAAACUACUAAGAUCUGAUAUUGAGUCGUCAAAGAAUCAAUCUCGCCUGUCAAAAGCUCGCUCGCCUAACAAUCUGUGACCUGAACAAACGCCCUCCGUUUGAAAAUGAAAGGUUUCUGUCAUUUCCAGACGGGCUGAGAAGAGGUUGCACCUGUCACAGCUACUGUCAGCGGCUGACUUUGAUUUGUUUUAGGUGAUUCUGUCGACACUGUGUGAUAUUAACAAGUACAUGUCCAUGCCAAAGCUCCCUGUAGGGUAGAUGCAGUUCCAGCGUACACUCACCUGCCCCAGAGUCGGACUCUAUUUGGAAGCUAUGUGCUGCAGCAUAAAUGUACAGGUGUGCGUUUCUAUACAACCUGACAGUUUGCUAAGCCCUGCCCUCCUUAGUUACUGUUGCUAUGCUUGUCAUGCUUUCAAUUUACAAUGAAAACACGGCAGAUUUAUUUUACAGCUUGAAACAGUGGGUCCUUUGUUUCCACCAGAAGGAAACACAAGCAGCCUCUCAUUUCUUCUCAGUGCUGUCACUAGCAGUGUAUCAGCUGUUGCUAACCAGCUAACAAAGCCAAUAUCUAGCUCCAUGACUCGGCUGAAAACUGUGUCUGUGGCUGACUUUUUAAUGGGGAGCGUAUUUAUGUUCCCAGGGUUCUGUGUUCCCCCAGAUUAAUAUCCUCUUAACCCUUUGAAACUUGGCUUGAUUUCUUUUAAAAACAUGGGAGGAAGGCAAUGAGCAUACGGAAGAAGAAAUGAGGAAAAAAAAUAGCAAGAAAUUAGUAAAAAAGAGAAAAUUAAAAAUGAGAAAAUUAGGAAACAAAAAAGACAGAAAGAAAAGUUAAAAACAAACAAAGAACUGACCCAGAAAUUAUAAUAACUCUGUAACAUAAUUUUGAAAUGUAAUGUAUAAUAAUAAUAAAAUAAUAAAAUGUAAAAAUGUAUGAUAAUAAUUAAUAUUAUAAAUAUCGUUUUCCCUUAGCUUUUUCUUUUUUCCCUCAUUUUUAAAAUAACUUUCUAAAUUUUUAUUUGUUUAUUUAAUUUUUUUGCAAUUUGUCGGACAUUUCAUGUUACCCAUGUUUCGGAAAGAAAUCGCACCAAUUUUCUCAGGGUUCAAAGGUUUAAAUACUUGUGAAAGGUGUCUGAAAGCAGCACAGGAAAAGUGAUGUCAUUCCAGGUUUCAAAGGGUUAAUGUGACACAUUAAAGGGUAACUUAGGUAUUUUUCAACUUGGAUCCUAUUUUCCUAUUUUUUGAUUCUAAUGUGUCUAAAAGUGACUAACAUGAACAACAGUAUUUAUAAAUUGGUCCAGUAUUGAGCAAGAGGGCUGCAGCCAGCAGCAGCGAAACAGGCUGCAAUGUAACCAUGUGGGGCAUUUGUGCACUAUCAGUUUAUGUCCACUAGAAGUGUUUGUUUUGCCACUGACAGGCUCAGAUUGUGAUUAUAAGUGUCUGACAACAUUAUGGAAAGGAUCCCUACAGAGAUAGAUCCUUUUGUUAAAGGAAAAAAUUGCCAAUCCAAAAGCCACCAGACUCCAUUUAAAAAAACAGUAAUUUUAUUUUUCCAAUUUCCCAAUUUUAUCAUUGGAAAACACACUUCAUUCAAAGUCAAAAGAAAAAAAAUACAGCUCACAAAAGUCAUCUUGGUUUGUCUUUCCACUGUUCCAACAAUCACCAACUCUGAUUGGGUUUCAAUUAACUCUUAAUUCACUCAGUUGAAUGUCAAAAUAUGCUGGAUCUAUACAUGCUAAAAUUACUCUUUAUUUAAAUGGAGUAAGGUGGGUUUGGAGAUGGUGAUUUUGGGGCUCUUUCUGGUCAAACAACAAGGAUCCUCUCCUAAUCUGAGCCUGUCAGUGGCAAAAACAAACACUUCUAGUGGACAUAAAUUGACGGCACAAACCUAAAUUGAAGAUGCGAGUGGUUACGUGCAGCCUGUUUCCUGUGGCCAGCUGCGGCAGUCUCUUCAACGAAACUACCACUUUCCAAUGUUGUUGUUUUCAUUAGCCACGUAGACACAAAAACAUGGGAAAAUAAGGUCCAGACUGAAAAUACGGAAGUUACCCUUCAAGGAGACGUUUCAAAGGGUUUUAUGUCUCUGCAAUGUUUUUGCCCAUGGUCAAAUAUUCGGUGUGUUUCUCUGGGUCAGUUUGUUGAAAUCACCCACCUCCAGCUUAUAUCCAGCUGAUGGUAAAUAUUCUUUGAAACAUAUGUCCUUGAAUUUGUGGGUGAGACAGUUUUCUUGACCUCAAACAUUGAUAUCUCCACAGUGGCCGAAUGGAUUCUUACCAUUUGAGCUGCAUGUGAAACACCAACCUCCCCACAAGCUAUAUUCACAGAGCCUUUACUCUGCUAAACAGCCUCGUCCUGCAUUAGCAAAACACUGAAUUUGUCAAAAAGAGGCCUAUGAAGUAUGUAUGAUUAUUAAAAUAAACAAAACCAACGUUCAUCUGCACACACUGUGAUGACACACAGCUAGUUGAAUAUCAGUAAAGUUUCCCUGCUUCUCUUCACUGGUUCCUGUACAGCAGGGUCGGUCUUUGUUUCACUGUUAUAAUCAUUAAAAGCAAAAGCAGCAUGUGUAUACAUUCAGUAGGCUAUAUCUUCAGUAGCUAGCUAACCGUACACUUUUCAGGGUUUGAUUUUGGUUUUGGAACAGGGAAGAAACGUAUAUCUUUUUCCAACCUCUCCAGGUAACGAGUAGUCAGGGGUUGUCAGUUUACUCAGACAUGGGGUCCCAUAAGGAAAAAGGUUGGGAACCACUAGAUUCAUCCAUUUAUUCCACAUUAGCUCCUUCUGAUUUUGUUUUUUUUAAAGGCUUAAAAGAACCAUUUCUGAUUCAAACUCUCUGAAUGGUGAGUAUUGCUCAGACUGCAGCCUUGUGCACACCGUGUCCAAAGCUUGACAGGUUGUGCAGUGUCUAGUUACAGUUGCUAAGCUAUGAUUGAGCACUUGAUGUUCAGGGCAGGGUUUUACGCAAACUGUCAAUUUUGAGAUCAACAAAUCUUUUCACAGCGUCCGUACCUUCCCUGCAGAUCUCAAAACUCUGAGUGGCAAUGUUUUUUUUUUUUUGUCCUCUGAAUGAGCCGACAUUAAGGGCGGGAAAAAAAGGAGUCAUAAUACCAGAACAAAAGUUUCCUCUGCUUCCUCUGCUGAGGGAAGUGCAAACAGUGUUUAAAGAAUAAAAGAGCAAAGGGAGACAAGUCAUUAUGUUUGCCAUUGUGAUCCGUAAUUACACCAGGCAUAAGCAGACUGACUUUAAAGCACAAUCUCUCACAGAGGGUUUGGGAAUUAUCACGUCGGAGGAAAUCAUCAGCCAUGCACAAACAGCUCAGACCUUCAGGCACUUGUAGACGGUGUGCAGGGGGGCCGAAACUAAAUUUUACAUCUGUCAGACGAAAGGUUGCAAACUUACAUACUGUCUCAUUGUGCAUCAUCUGACCGCACUGCUUCUUUAUCUUAUGUUCGAAGCAGAGACAAAAAAAAAGUGCAUAUUUUUGCUCAACGUUUGCACAACUCACUGCUUUCCACAUCUGAGCUGUCUCCAUCGAGCAAAAUUGUAAGUACUUUGCUACGGAAAGUAAAAAGAACAAAAAAAAAAAA